UUUCCAUUCAUUUGCCAUUCGCAGUGCCCAGACUGGAUGACGUCAACGAGAUGUAAAUUCAAUACAUCCAAAUGUACUGUACUAUUUGCGAUACUAUCGAUAGUUGCGGGGAAUGCGACUUGUCGCACGACGGCACAAGCAAAAAACAAACGCCAUAUGAAAAUUUUAAUGUGAGGCGAAAACAAACAAAAAAUGUUACUACCGGGAGCCUGGCAACCUUUGAUCCUUCGAUCAAACAACUAUUUUGAGCAUAACACAGCGCUGGAUGUCGGAAAGCAGCUAACCGAAAUUUCCAACAGAGCAAAGCCAAAGACAAAGCCGAGAUUCAUCUACAGAUUUGCGAUUGAAUCAUGGAUGAAGACGAUGAAGUCGAGAUCAAUGCAGAGACGGAUCUGCUCAGCGAGCCCAGUCACGGCGAGGAGGAGGAAGUCGAGUCGGAUGCCGAGGCCCUGGACAGCUGGGAGACCUUCCACGAGCACAUAGAUGCCCUCAUCGUAAACGAGCAUUGCGAUGUACCCGUACGCAAGCUGGACGAACGUCGCCGGACUGUACUGAACCGGGUGCGCAAUCAGUUCCAGACUGCACCGAAGGGAACAGCCGAGCGUUGUGCCACAGAGAAGCCGCUGAUCGAUCAACAGCUGGAGUUGUCCAGCCAGCGGCUGGAUGAGCUGGUACGCUUCGGGGAUGAGCUCGUCACCAAUGUGCGGGUGGCGAACGAGCGGCGUGAGCUGAACCGGCGGAUGUUCGAGGCCACGCAGCAGGCCCAGACACAGCUGAAGCUGCAGCGCGAGAGCAUCGAGACAAUGGCCAAAUUCGAGGACAUUAAGGCACGCUGGACGGAGCUGGAGGAUAUCAACGAGCCGAUGAUGCUCUGGGACCAGAUCGAGGACCAAAAGAAGCGCAUCGCCGAGAUAAUGCAGCGCAAGGAUGAGAUGAUUGACGCAUGCCAGAAGGAGGUCGAUCGCAUAAAUGCCAAAUACGACUUCGACCGGGAGCGCCAGUCCCAAGACCUGUGCUGCCUGGUUGAGCGCGUCGACCACCAGGUGGAGGUGCUAAAGGAGGCCUACAAGCAGCAUCUGCAAAUGCUGCGCCACACCAUCGAGGAGGAGCGCCAGCUGUUCGCCGUCAGUGCCGUGGAGAAGUGGCGCACCUUCUUCGAUGCCCUCAACAAGAACUUUGAUGAGAAGGCCAAUUUGGUGCGCACCCGCCAGCAGUUCUACGCAAAUCAGACCCAGCACAUCAACGCCUCCCAGGAGGAGUUGACCAAGAGCACACGCAUCCGCCUGGAGAAGGAGUGCGAACGCCUGGAGCUUGAGCUGCGACGCACGCGCGACAACGUGCUGAUGAACUCGGAGAAGCUCGACUACAACUACCAGGUGCUGCAGAAGCGCAACGAGGAGAACGUGAUCAUCAACAACCAGCAGAAGCGGCGGGUGGCCCGCCUCCAUGAAUCGAUUGGACGCAUUCGUCGCAGCCUGAAGAAUCUUCAGCUGUCGGGCAAGCGGAACAUAGAACGUCUGUCGCAGGACAUCUAUAAGCUGCACGCCAAUAUCCACGAUAUGGAGACGAAGGCCCACCAGGCGCGCCUCAACAACAAGGAGAAGUUCAACCGCAUCUGGGAGAUCAACUUCAAGGAGCUGAAUCUGCUUGUGGAUCGUGUCUAUCACAUCGACCGCAUUAUUCACGAGCAGCAGCUGGCCCUAAACUGGCAGCGUCCCAUUCCACCGAUACUGAACAUCAACAGGGCGCGCCAGAAGCACAACAACGUAUUGGAGCGAUUCGAUUUGCGUAUAGGUCGGGUGCCCAAGAACCGGGUGCUCAACAAGAGUGGUGGCAAGUUCAAGCCGGACAUCAAGGAGCUGCCAAUUGAGUCGUUGCGUCUGAUGCGCAACUUGGUCCGAAAGCUGGCGGAUCGUGGUGGCUUUCUCAUCGAGCAGCGCCUAAUCAAGAUACUCGAGCCGUAUUCGGAGGAGGACAAGUGCCUGGUGCGACUGGACAACAUAUUUGCUGCUCUGCGAAUUCAGCGUCUGUCCGAUGUCCAGGAGCUGACCCAGGUAUUUCUGCCCUAUACUUACUGUCCCAACUGUCAACCGGGCGGACUGAGUCCCCGCAAGUGCGCCGAGGUCUUCAUGAAGCAUCAGAAGUCCAGCCGACUGGACCCAGACGCGCAGGUUCAACAGGACGAACAGGAGCUGCAUCGCGAACAGGAGCACCAUUCGGAUACGUUCAGGGUGAAGGGUCAUGUGACGACCAAAGUCUGCAAGAAUCACUAUCUGGUGAUGGAGCCGGCCCUGUGCUUGCACGCCAUGAACCUCUACACGACCAAGAUGCACAAACACAUUUACCACAGCCUGCCCGGCCGCCAAUCGAUUGCUGUCAACUUAAUCCAGUUUACCGACGAUGAUAUACGCAAAUUCUGGCGCAAGUUUGCCGGCUGCUUCCCAGCGGCCAAGUGCAAGCUGUGGAAGACGCUCGAGCAUGGCCUCAAUCACUACGUGGAGGUGCUGAAGAUGCGUGUCCAGUACGAUGCGGAGGUUGUGUUCCUGCGACGCCAGAACGAGGAGCUGCGCCAUCUGCUGCAGAAGUUCAAAGUAUAAUCUUUAACAUUACCAUACUCAUAUCACACACACACACAUAAUUGAUGCCAUUUUCGAUACCCUUUUUCGCUCCAAAUUAAGUAAGCUUCACUUUGCUGGCUCUCUCGAAUCCUUCGAUUCACAUCUUUCGGUCUGCGCUUGAUAAAUUCUGAUUGUGCUUUUCCCAGCCCAGCCAUCGCUCCAGCUUUGAUCACCGUUACAUGGAAACACACACUUUAAAAGCUCUCCCCGUGCGACUGCACUUGUACAAUACCCAACGCAACGCAAAAAUAUUCUCGCGAGUAUUUGUUGGAUUAAAGAUCAAGCCCUGAGCUGGAUUUCUCUAAUCUGCACUAAUUUGCACUUUUGAUCUGUUCUCUGAUCUGGCGCUCGAUAAAUUCUAACGUCUGCUUUGCCCUGCCCUGCCUCUUUUUGCUCUUUGACAUCGUGCCGUCCCGCUCUAAGCUGUGGCUAAACCAAAACAUUGAAACCAGGCAUUACACUACCCAACACAUUAUCUGAUCAAUUGUAAACAUCAUUUGCGAUAGGGAUAGGGUAUAUAGAGGCCAUGAUAUUAUAUAAAUGGAAUAACACGGCAAUUGUAAUCAUUAAUUUGUGAAUAAAUGAUUCAACUUUUAGUUUUUGCUUACCCAUUAAAUA